AUGCGUGUGGAAACCUGCCAUUUCUGUUCUCGGCCCGCCUUCCCCAGUAAGGGUAUCACAUUUGUCCGCAAUGACGCCCGACAAUUCCGUUUCUGUCGGUCAAAGUGCCACAAGAACUUCAAGAUGAAGCGUCAACCCCGCAAGUUGAAGUGGACUAAGAGCCACCGUGCCGCCCGUGGAAAGGAGAUGAUCGUCGACUCCUCUCUGGUUCUGUCCCAGUUCGCCAAGAAGCGCAACGUCCCCGUCAAGUACGACCGCAACCUGGUUGCCGCUACCGUCCAGGCCAUGCAGCGUGUGGAGGAGAUCCGACAGCGUCGCGAGCGUGUCUUCACCAAGCGCCGUCUGGCCGGCAAGUUGGCUCGCGACCGCCAGCGCGAGGCAGACCGCAAGGUUGUCGCCACUGGCGAGCACCUUAUCCGCAAGGAGCUGCGCGAGCGCGAGGAGGGCAAGCCGUUUGUUCUCGACAACAACAAGACUGCCAACCGGGUUCAUGGAGAGGACCUCUGGGAGAGUUCGCGCCAGAAGAAGAAGACCCGUAUGUUGGUGGAUGGUGGUGCCGAGGAGGAGAUGCAGAUCGACUAA